CAUUUUCUGGCACAAUGGGGACAGAUUGUGACAGCUGAUCUUGUUUCAAGAGAUGCGUAUUAAAGGCAAUAAACAAGCUGAGGCACUGAACCGUUUUCACUCUCUCUCUCUGACUGCUCCUGCAGCAUCCCGGUACUGCUGACAGCAGCAAGACCUCCAGCGAAUAGUAGAAAGCUGGCCGGCUCCCAGAGGUAGUAUGUGGGAGGUAGAUGCCGGAGCGGACCGUUUGAUCACACACUAACUGCUCCAAUGCUGCUCCGUGGAGGGACUGGGGGCCGACGGGAGCGAUUGCUGAUUUCCACUUUGAAUUGAUAGCUCGGGGUAAAUUCAGAGAAUCCACCUCGUUGCGAAGCUACAGCCGAAGGCGAGAACAGGGAGGCAACAAUGAGGGACAAGGACUUCAUGCCCGGGGCUGAUAAAGGCAAGCCAGCCACCUUCACCGGAGACAAGAAGGCGAAGAUGGCGGCAAAGACCAACACCAAAUGGGUGAGAUUGGCCACAGUUUUGGCCUAUGUCUUAUCAGUGUCCCUGGCAGCGAUCAUCCUGGCGGUGUACUACAGUCUGAUCUGGAAGCCGGUCAAAUCCACAAAUUCCAGCCCUGAGACUGCCACCGCUCUGAUGCAGCCGGAUUCCUCCUCUAAAUUGGUCACUGAGCAGUUUAGUUCUAAGGCACUGGACUCUAAGACUUGGAGAUCCAGAGAAGGGAAGGAGGAACCCCAAAUGCAGGCUCUGACUGCCACCAAGGCCUGGAAUACAGGGGGGAGCACCACAGAGAGUCAUAACCUGGCAGCCAUCACUCAGCUUCCUGGUGAUUUGGAGACUGACACUGAGAGUGAACUUACUGCGGGUGACCUCUCUCAUGCUCUGCAAGAUAGCACAGGAACUAAGAGUCUCCAGGAGAUGUCCGUGGAUUCACAGGGGGUCACCCAAGCUCAGUCAAUGACCCAAGCCAGCCCAAAGAUCUCUGACCAUUUACAAAGUUUCUCGGAAUCAGUACCACCCAAGAGGGCAGAGAGCAAGAAUGUAACGGAAAGGAUGGUUGAGGACCAGGCGUUGGCAAUAUCUACAAGGCAAUAGGACGGAUCUACCGCGGCCGGACUAUGAACUCUCAACAUCCUGUACUGAGUUGCUGCAUGAUGCCAUCACAGUUUCUGAGGACAACAGGAAAGGUUAUUGAUGACUCUCAGAAGACACUAUUCUAAUAGUCUAUUCUACUAAUCACAGAAUGGAAGUCUACAUGGGCAACUGUGCUGCCGAGGAAUAUAACACUUUAACAUAUCUGGAUCAUCCACAUGGAUUGUCUCUGGACUAUACUUUGCCAGCCAAAGAUUAUUACUGUAAAGGGCCUAGGAUUCAUUGAUCAACAUCCCAGCCUCACACCGGGGGAAUACUAGAGGCAGCACUGCAAAAAAUCCAGCAUACAGUGCUACAACCAUAUUGUAUAAUGGUGUACAUUUAGCCUGACAGAAAUGGCAGAUGUCAUCUGUAUUUGUCACUACAGUUCUCAGAAAUGGCAGUUUCAUAUAGCAACUCAGAUUAAUUCCCUAGUCAAAUUACUCCAGGAUGUGGUUAUUCAGAGUUCUCAAACUCUCUGAAAGCCAUUCUACAGGGAUUGCAAGCCAAACUGUCCUUACCCGCCAAACCAGACAAAUGGAUGAGCUUUUGAGUGACGGGUCCUCCUACAGCUUCAUAGCCAAUCCUAUAUCAAUGUGGGAAUUAAAUAUAGUUUCAAUAUAUAUCUCUCACAAUAUUCCCAACACAAUGGAUAUUAAGAUAUUUAUACAUAUUUAUACUGAAGAAUAAAAAAAUGCUGAAGUGAACCUUUGUAAAGAUGUUUUGUUCUUAGGGCUUUUUCUUUUUGUGACAUUCUGCAGUGCCGUUGGCUACACUGUUGUGCAAUGUGUGGAAAUAAAACAUAUUUAUUUACCUAUAAA